AGCCAACCCCUACCCAUGUCCCUGCAACUAACGAGCCAACUAUCACUCAAGAGCCAACCUCCACCCAUGUCUCUACAACCAACGAGCCAACUAUCACUCAAGAGCCAACCCCCACCCAGGUCCCUACAACUAACGAACCAACGAUCACUCAAGAGCCAACCCCCACCCAUGUCCCUACAACUAACGAACCAACGAUCACUCAAGAGCCAACCCCCACCCAUGUCCCUAUAACGAAUGAGCCAACUAUCACUCAAGAGCCAACCCCAACCCAUGUCCCUACAACUAACGAGCCAACUAUCACUCAAGAGCACACCCCCACCCAUGUCCCUACAACUAACGAGCCAACUAUCACUCAAGAGCCAACCCCCACCCAGGUCCCUACAACUAACAAGCCAACUAUCACUCAAGAGCCAACCCCCACCCAUGUCCCUACAACUAACGAGCCAACUACCACUCAAGAGCCAACCCCUACCCAUGUCCCUGCAACUAACGAGCCAACUAUCACUCAAGAGCCAACCUCCACCCAUGUCUCUACAACUAACGAGCCAACUAUCACUCAAGAGCAAACACCCACCCAUGUCCCUACAACGAACGAGCCAACUAUCACUCAAGAGCCAACCCCCACCCAUGUCCCGACAACUAACGGGCCAACUAUCACUCAAGAGCCAACCCGGACCCAGGUCCCUGCAACUAACGAGCCAACUAUCACUCAAGAGCAAACCCCCAACCAGGUCCCUACAGCGAACGAGCCAACUAUCACUCAAGGGCCAACCCCCACCCAUGUCCCUACAACUAAAGGGCCAACCAUCACACAAGGACCAACCCCCACCCAUGUCCCUACAACCAUAGGGCCAACCAUCACUCAAGGACCAACCCCCACCCAUGUCCCUACAACGGAAGAGCCAACUAUCACUCAAGAGUCAACCCAUGUCCCUACAACUAAAGGGCCACCCAUCACUGAAGAGCCAACCCCCACGCAGGUCCCUACAAGUAAAGGACCAACCCCUGCCAAUGUCUCACCAACAACUAAAAGGCCUACGGCUCCAAAUCCAACAAAUCCAACAGUUAAAAGACCAACCCCUACCAAUGUCUCUACAACAACUAAAAGGCCUACUGCUCCAAAUCCAACAACUCCAACAGUUAAAGGACCAACGCCUACCAAUGUCUCUACAACAACUAAAAGGUCUACUGCUUCAAAUCCAACAACUCCAACUGUUAAACGAACAACGCCUACCAAUGUCUCUACAACAACUAAAAGGCCUACUGCUCCAAAUCCAACGACUCCAACAGUAGUCCCCACAUCUUCACCACCGGUUGUUGUGCUGUCGGCAACUUUGGGGGAACCGUUUGUGGAAGAAUUCAACAACGUCAACAGUCCACAGUACAAAGCGCUUGAAAGGAGGGUUGUGACUGCGUAUGACAUCAUCUACAGGACGAGAUAUGGCAUUUUCUUUAUCCGUACCUUUGUUAUUCGAAUUUUCCGCGCUGUGGUGUUGACGCGAAUGGAAAACACGCAAGUGGAAGUUGGACUGGAGUUCAAGAACAUAUCUACCACUCCCGCGGACGAGGACGUCGUCGCUACCUUGGAGGAAACGCUCGGCCAGCCCAACAACACCUUCAACCUUUUCGUUGAGACCGUUGAAGUCAUUGACUCUCCGCAAAGAAAUUUGACAACAGCAAAACCCAACGCCACUGCGACUCCAGCUAUGGCGUCCACCGAGAACCCCGUGACGAGCAUAUCACUCACCACUCGGACUUUGAGGUUUACGUCUGUCGGCGAGGUGUUCACGAGCGACUUGCUCAAUCAGUCAUCUGCUGCGUUUAUCAGUCGAGCGGAACUCAUCAAAAUGACGCUUGAACCAUUCUACAAUGUCACGUUUUCUUCAUUCAACGAUCUGACAGUAACGUCAUUCAGUAAUGGCUCUAUUGUCAACUUCAUGGACUUGAGAUUCGAAUCCAGCCUGGUGCCCAGCAAUAAUGCCAUUGCUAACGUUUUGAUCAACGCGGCGUCCGACAUCACAGUCUUCAACGUGGACACCUCUUCCAUUUUUGUCAACGGCAUACUGAUUUCAAGCGCAGCGAGCCAUAAGACGAGCCUCAUCACCGCAUCUGGCAUGGUGCUGGUGUCAUGGUUACUGGUGGGCCAGCAGUAGCAUCUUGGGCCAAUUUGCCAAAAUUGGUCGCCAGGGAUCGCCGAUUGCCAUAUCAUUAAGCUCUAUUUAUAGGGAGGUGUAUGUAAAUCAAAGCUUUUGCAUACUGUAUGAGAACAAAAUCUUUUGGAUUUUCUGACUGACUAGUAAAAUUAAAGCCUGUAGAUACUAUUUAAAUGGAAGCUUUGGACACUGUAAGAACUGAAGUCUUUUGACAUGCCAUACAAAUGAAAGUUGUUAUACACUGUGUACAAAUUAAAGCCUUUUAAAACUA